GCCGCGUCGAGUUCUGUGAAACGCACGAAUCGUUUGGAAUAAAGGUCAAUUCUGGUGAGACUAGUGAAGAGCUAUUAAAGUUGGCCGUUUUGGAGUUUGGUGCCAACAUGGAUUAUCGUCUACUGGUGAAAAUACUCAGCUUUUUGCUGCUCUCGCAGCUGGCGACGUCGCAACAGUUGCCACACUCGCCAUCGCCGUCGGCGGCACAGGCGCAGACAGACUACGGCGAGGAGCCACCAGAGGGCUACUAUGCGUUUGUGGAGUCACCGAAUGCAGUGCCGCCCCGUGUGCGUCCACCGCCCUACACCUUCAUCAAUGCCGACUGCAAGGAUGUGGCUGCGGGCAAGAAGUCGGCGGUGUCCGUGCACAAUAUUUGCGGUGAUCUGAAUAAGGGCCAAAUACCAAGAAAUCCUCUUGGUCAAAAUGUGCUCGGCGAGCCAUAUCCCUUUGAGCUGAUACGCAAUCAGACUUUGAAGUUUCUGUCCAAAACGCUGCCCGUGCUGAAGGCAGACGACACGCUGCCCAAGGUAACGCAAAUCAUACGCGACGAGCCUGUGGAACAGCUGGACAACAAUAACAUCGAUCGGCACUAUGCCACGCGCGUCACACGCAGCCUGCCCGAUGGCGUCCAAUCGAAUGAAUACAGCUACUUUGAUCCCGCCCUGGAUGAGGAGCAUCAGCACCAGCAGCAGCACCAAGAGCAGCGACGCGCCACCGAGGAACGCAAGCCUCGCAAAUUCUGUGAUGGCGGCGGAGUAUUCUGCACACUGUACCGCGCCAUUCAGGGUGACACCAGUCCCGCUGUGGCCGCUGCUCAAACAGCGGAGCGUCGCGAGGAAGUUGGCCCAAUCCGCUAUGAGGGACCACCGACACCGUGUCCAGCCAAGGUGGAGUAUGCGACGCCAGUGUUCGCCAAGAACUAUCAGGGCGCCUGGCGCUAUGUGGUACAGAUACCCUACGAGGGCUACUUCACCCAGACGGUGGAGGUGACUCGCUGCAUCCAGGCGCGCUGUCAUUACCUGGACGGCGGUUGUUUGUCCUCGCCGCGCUGGGUUAGCCUGCUGGUGGCGGAGAUCUUCUAUCCAAAUGCGGAGGACACAGUGCCGAGCAGCAGCACGACGACACAAGCACCAUCCGUGCAGGACUUCCAGGCCUACCAGCAGUAUCUGCAGAAGCGAGCGGGCGUGGCCAACGCCUCCGAUGGCAGCACCAAUGCACUAAAUGCUGCUGGCAGCCAGCAUGCGCCGGCCGAUGCACAUUGCGAUGGUCAUGACGAGCUGGGCUGCUUCCAGGUGCGGCUCUACUACGACUGGUUCUUGAUACCCGGCAGCUGCAAGUGCUGGCGUCCGGAUUACUUUGCCAAAUACGUGCGCCGAAAGUCGGUGGCUGACUUAUAAAAAAAAACAAAAAAUAUUUAAACUUUAAUCAUAGUAUUUAGAGC